AGUAAAAGUGAAAGUGAAUCAUCAGAUAUGGACUCUUUUAUUGAACCCAGAUGUCAAUUUAUGAGGAGUUUAACAGAUGACUCAAUGAAUUCAAGCUUUUCAUCACCCAGGUCUAUAAAAAGUAAUGAAAAAAAAACGAGGACUAACAAAACUAGAUCCCUGGAAUCCUCUUCUUUUAGUUCACAAAAAGGCUGCUGGCUUACUAUUGGAAUGCAUGUAUUUGUACAUAAUGAGCUGGGAAUUGUUCGUUAUAUUGGACCUGUGAAGUUUACAGAUGGAAUUUGGCUGGGUGUAGAGCUUCGGACACCACGGGGAAAGAAUGACGGUUCUGUGCAGGGCUACCGCUAUUUCACCUGCAAGAGCAACUAUGGUCUUAUUGUACGCCCUAAUCGGGUUACAGUAAGAGGCAUCAAUGGUUCCAAACUGAUUGGGGAGGGUGUGUAAAGUACAGAAACUUGUUUCAGUGCUGAUGCCACUACUAGUGGUGUUAAGAUUUAAUGAAGUCAUGUUUCAGUUCAUUUGUAACUUAGAGUUUCUCAACUAAAAAUUAUAAUUAAGUUGUAAACCAACAUUAUUACUGAGCCAUUGUUGUUUAAAUGAUGGCAAACUCAGUCAAGAGUUUUUAUGGAAAGGAUUUAAAAUUGAUGCAAAUCACAUGCUGUGUUUUUGAAUUUCUCUCUGGUGUUUUUUGAUAAAAUUUAGAGAAAUUUUGCAAAAUCCAUACUACAUGUUACUAAUUGGAUAGUUCCGUCAUCCAUCUGCAGUACUAUUAUCUUUUUGAACUACAUAAAAGAAAAUAUAUUUGACAUAUUUUUUAGAGGUAAAAAAACAUGCAAGUCAGUGUAUCUCAUUUGAUACAAAAUGUAUUUCUACUAACUAAUUUUGACAUAUCCUAUCCAUAACAGUAAUCAUUUACUGAGCUACUAGGAUGAUUUUAUGUUUGUCUAAAGCCUUAUCUGUUUCCAAUGUUAGAAGCUUGUGACUUUUAGUAGGACUAAAGUGUUUUCUUGAUGAUGGACUUGAGUACUUGUGGCACUAGUGUCAUUGUUAACAUUACUAUGGUAAUGUCAUUAAUACUGCUAUCAUGGUAGAUUUGCCAUUACUGUUUUUGAAUAUAGUAAUUGUUACUGAGAAUUAACAUCAUUACUUCUGUUGUAGCAAAUGUCAUAGUUUGGGAGUUGAAUUGUUGAUUUAACAAAUACUUGCAGCAUAAAUGCUAAUAAUUAUUUUUGUUGUAGUGUAGGCUUUAAUUUGGAUAUGUAGUUGCUGAAUUUUGUGUAAUGUUGUAUUAGUGGAAAUAGUUAUUAGAAAAAGGCAAUAAUGAAUAACUGAAUUUCAGUGUUAAUUGAAACAAACAGCCACUGUUUCUAAAUUAAUUUAAGAGUGAAUUGAUUCUUUCUCUUUAACACUUUCAAGAUCUAUUGUACAAAACAAAUAAGUAUUAUGGAUUUUUUUGUAACCAUUAGAAUUCAUGACAGAAUCCAUUUAUCUUUCAUAUGGUUAAUGAAGUUUUGAAAUUUUUGUUUAUAACUUUUUUCUGAUAUCUCAUGGUACAGUGUGCUAUGGAUUUCAAACAUGUUAAGACAUAUAGUUGUUUAAGAAAUAACUGUUUCUAAAAAGUUUUAUUGCAACACCUGUCAAAGAUAGAAUAGGCUGUACUGUUUAUUUUGCUCUUAAAAUGUGUAAUGUGGUUUGUGUUUUAUAGUCAAACUUGGUCUUCAUUUAUUUACCACUGAUUUCUUUUAAAUAUUUAAUUUUGUGUACUGUACCAAAAUUAGGCUGGGUAUAUUUGUUAAAAUAACCACAAUAUAAACAAUUCUAUUCAUUUAAAAAAACAUUAUGUGAAUGAGAAGUAGCUUUAGGAUAACUAUGAAGAUAAAAUGUUGAAUGAAUGUGUGUACAUUUUACUAAAAGUAUGAUAUAGACAACCCCUUUGUAUAAUUUAGCAAACUGUUUGUACUAGCAUAGUUUGUUUUAGGAAAGUCUGUUUCUACUUUAAUGCAGAAAUUAACCAUGUAUAAUACACUUUACUUCUGCUUACAAAUUACUUGAGAAUUUUAUUUAUGAGAUUUGAUAUCACAUUUUUGUUUAAUGUGAUGUUACAGUGACACUGCAGCAUUUGAUUGCCUGUAACAAACACAUGUCAGAUAUCACUGUUAAGUGUGUUGCAUUUAUAGAUUUUUUGGUGACAUGGUCAUACUAUUUAAAUUGUUUCACUGGUUGAAGUUUAAAGGUGAGAGAAAUAAAAGCACAGAAUAACUUGCUGUAUUUUACAUAACUUAAUUAUGAAAAAUAAUUGAUUUUGUAAUUGUCUAAACUGUUCUCUUAGAGGAGGAGUUUUUAAAUAUUUAUUUCUAAAUAUAUUUCAAAAACAUUCCAGAAAUAAAUAAAUAAAGCAUAAGUUUAAAACUCAACUUUAAAUCAUCAGUGAAGAAAUGUGAUAUAAAAAUAGUUAUUUGUACAAUCACUAUUUUUGUAGUUAUAUUGUGUUUAGAGGCAUCAUAUUUUCUAUAUUUAAUUGAUAUUCAUAAGACUUAUAGAAGAGAUGUGGCUUUACAGUAAUGUUUCCAGGUUAUAUAUAUAAUUCACAAUACUUAAAUCUAUUUGAUAUUAAAAAAAAUUGUAGGUGACUGAUUCAAAGAAAUGAUUUUGUCAUGUUUUUGUAAAUGAUCUAUAUGUGAAAUUAUUGCUUUUAUUUUAAUUAUAAAACUUUACAUUGAUAUUAGCCACAUUUAUUUGUCUUGUGAACUCAAGUAAUUUUUAUGUGACUGUGAUUGACAUAAGUUACAUACUUUUUUGUUUUCUAAGGUGAUGGGUCAUAUAACUUUUUGUCAUGUGUCUAAUCCUGACUUUUUAGGACUUGUCUUGCUAUAAGAUAAUGGAUUAUGUAACUUGGUAAGUGGUUGUGAUUAGUAAUUAAUUAUGUAAAUGUGAUAUUUUUAAUAUAUAUUUUUCUUGUUAGUUUACUUAAUAACAUUUUGGUUAAUAAGAUUAUACAUGUGUGUUUUAGGAGAUAUAUUUCAUGUGCAUUUAUCAUGGUUUGUUACUAGGUUUCUUAUUGAACAUUUUUUUGCAUUUAUACUUUAAAGUUUAAUAUUUAUGUAAAUGGCAGAAUACAUUUGACACAUAACUUAACUUAUAAUAAACCAUAGACUAUUUGAAAUAAUUAUAAAAUUGGUUUAUCAUAGCAACUUUGGUUUAAAAAUACUGAUAAUUUAAAGUUUAACAAGUAAGUAAUUACAGAAUUGGUGUAUCAUAGUAAUCUGGGUUAUGGUUUAAAAGUACUAAUAGUUUAAAUUUUAACAAUUAAAUAAUCAUGAAAUUGGUUUAUCAUAGCAGAAUGAGUUAUGCUUUAAAAGUACUGAUAAUUUAAAGUUUAACAAUUACUGCACUGUGUAUUGCCAAUCAAUACAAUUCAAGUUUCAUAUAAAUUUACUCUGCUUUAUUCAUUCAUCCAUUCAAUAUAAUUUAUUCCAGGAUUAUAUACCAGAUGUGUUAUACUUAUUUGAAAGGUAAAUAAUCUCUGUUAUCUGUUUGUGUAAUUGGGUAACUAUACCAUCAGAAAGUGAGAGAAUUCUCUGAUCUCAGUUUCUGGAGAUUUGAGUAUUUUCCAUUCAGUGUAGGGUAAGAAAAUCAGCUGAUUAUUUGGUAUGAAUUUAAAUGUGAGUAAUUUCCUCUAUUCUUUUUGAUGACUUUAGAAAGUGUUGUAUAUAUAUUGCUUUCAGGUUAUUAAGCCAUCUAAUAUAUAUAUAUAUAUUAUCUUAGAUUGUUUGUUUGUACAUAUGUGUAGGACUUAUACAAGACAUGUCAGGCUAUUUUAAAUAUACAGGUCCUCAACUAGAGAAUGUAGCAGUUUUGAAGGUUUUAAGCUCCCAUUGUAUAUUCCUUGCAUUGAUCAUCUCCAUAUGCAGAUGUCUAUAAAGUUUUGUAGUUCAUACAUGUGCAAGGUCUUGAAUUUCUGUGUUGUAUGAGAUGCUCACUUAUGGAAAUCUCUAUGUUCUUUGUGGAGAUUUGAGCUAUUAUCUAUUCAGAAUAGGGAUAAGAAAAUCAGCUGCUUACUGAUCAUUUUCUUGCUAAUAAAUGAUUAGUUGAUUAUGUUUUGUUUUAUUCUUACAAGUACGCAAUGCCUUAAUUAAUUGCUUUUGAAAAGUCAUAAAGUGCAACCAGAUAUAUGACAACAUGGAUGAAUACUAGAUUUAUAAUGUAUAGUGUUAUGCUUAGACCUGAUGAUUGGGGAUUUUUACAUGUGAUAUAGGCAUAAUCAGUACCCAAAGAAAACAACGAUGAUGUUCCACACUAUCAUUUGAACAAGUUUAAUCAAAUGGUAAAAAAAAGCCGGGAUGCAGAAAAUAAUUUUCUUUUCUGCCUAUCACUAAUCAACUUUGAACAUUUGUGGCCACCCAGUUGCAUAACAGUAAACUGCUAAUUUUAACAGUGAACACAGGAUUGAAAGCAUCUUCAGUUGCAUUACAUCUUGAUUGUGAAUUGUGAUGAAGUUUUACAGUGGAAGCUGACACACAUUAGGCUUGAAUAUGUAGUAAGUCUACAUCAGAAAGCUGCAGAAAAUGCUAGAAUAUGAAUGGAUUGUUACUUCAUAACAUAUAUAUGUUUCCAGAGUUGAAAAUAAACAGUUAAGUAAUUGUAAUCGAAUAUAUAUGAAAUGCUCUGUGAAACUGUUUUAUAUAUGCGAGAAAUAUAUAUAUUCCUUGAAAUAUUGAAAUUUUUAACUUAUAAAAGUUCCUAUUAGUGCAAACAUGAUACUCAUUAAUCAAAUUUAAUGUAUGAAGCAAAGACCAAAAGUAACAAAAAUGUAACUUGGGAGUUGUUGUUUUUUCAUUUUCUCUUAAUAUCAAUUCAAAGUUAAACUAAUCUUAAUGUUUUGCUUAUUCUGAUUUCUAAAGUUUUUAUAACAUCUCAAGGUAUUAUAAAAUAAUACCAUUUGUUUGCACUGUGUAAAGUUUCAGCAAACAUAAGGAGGAAUGUUCUUUUAUAAGUAUGUAGAAAAGUACAAAGUCAUAAAGAGUUUGUUCACACUUUUUAUGUUUAGCAAAGUUUUGAUCACUAACCAUCCAGUGAUAUGGUCUGUUGCUGUUGCCAUCUACAGCUUUUUCAGUUAUGGAGUAGUAUCAAUUUGAAAAUCUUUGAAAAAACUCUAACUUUGAGACAUUAGUGUUUAUUUUCAGAAAGUGUGCAAAAUAAUUUAUACAUUUUGUAGCAUCUAUUCAAAAAAGGUUGUGUGAUAACUUUCUUUCUACUAAGUUAUGAUUUAAUAGUGGUAACUUGGAUAAUAAUAUUUAAUUCAGACAGGUAUUCUGUGUAGUCUUAAUGAAGUCUAAUAAGUUAUAGUUGUAAACUAUUAUAAGUUUGUUUAAAAUGGUUUGGUAUAGUAUGGUGAAUAAAGGAAAAUUAAAACCAGUUAGUUUAAUGUAUAAUAAUGACUUCUUUUUUUUACAUUAAAUUCCCAAUGGGUAAAUCAAUUACUAUCAAAUUAUAGUCAUCAGAUUUUGAAAGUACAAAAUUUAAGGAUACAUAUGUAAAGAUUUUAUUUUAUUUGUUAUACUGUAUAUAUUAAUAUGUAUUGACAAUCAAUGGACCUCAAACUGUUAUUAAUAACAUUGUUGAUUUAAUUCUUAGUAUUUUGUAUGAUAAUGUUAAUUAGGAUUUGUAACAUUCCACAAUAUAAUAGACAUUCUGUAGCAUUGUAGUUCUGUUUAUGAAAGUUUGUUUCCUUGACUUACAAAGAAUUUAAUUAGCUCUUUGCUUUUUUACCAUAAUACCAUUGUAAAAUAAUAUAAUUUGUUUGCAUAGUGUAAAGUUUCAACAAAUAUGAGGGAAAAUAUUCUUUUAUAAGUCUACAAAAAAUUACAAAACUCACAAAAAGAUUGUUCACACUCUUUAUGUUUAGCAAAGUUCUAAACCAUCCAGAACAAACUUAAAAAUUCUUUUUAAUCCUUAUAAUAGAUUUUUCAAUUAUCUUUAAAUCAAAAUGUAAACAUAUUGUAUGGUGUUUUGCAGAUGCAAUAUCUAUU